AUGAAGUCCAUUUCCACUCUGUCCCUGGCACUCCUCACUACCCUCGCUCUCAGCACCAUCCACCCAAUAACCGCCGCCGCACUCCCUCACCCUCUCAACUCAUCCUCCAACAACGACAACACAACAAUCUCAACCGCCGCCACCGCAUCCCGUGCAGGCUUCUUCGAGUCCCUCCAAUCCCCCUCCUCCUCCACCACCACCGGCAGCCACGCAACCUCAGCCUCAAACCCCCUCAUCAAAAACUUCAUAAUCCCCAACGAAACCGGCCCCUCCAGUUGGAGCUGCAGCUACAUGACCCAAUCCAUCACCUCAACCUCCCAGGGGACCUCAAUCGCCAUCGGCAAGAAAUCUCACAGAAAACAAUUCUCUUGCGGAGAGCUCAUCUCGCGCGAGACAAACCUCAACUAUGGCCGCUACUCGGUCGACAUGAUCUCGACAAAUACAAAGGGCCACGUCUCGGGCUUCUUCCUCAUCGCCCCAAAUGGCGCCUCAGAGAUCGAUAUCGAGUUGACGGGUCUGAACUCAACAGUCGGGUGGAUGAAUGUCUGGAAGAAUGGGGCCCAACAUCCUAUCAAGAUCCCGCUGGGCUUUGAUGCGUCCAAGGGUUGGCACACUUAUACUAUCGAGUGGAGGAAGGAGUAUUUGGCUUGGUAUGUCGACAACAAGCUGGUCUACAAACGAUCCGAUGUCGCUACACUGGACCCGCGCAAGAACUUGUACAAGCUGGCUUUGAACUCUUGGACAAACCAGGGCAAUGACCAGUGGGCUGGUCGCUUCUCGUUGCCCUCUGGAGGAAAGGAGGUGAAGACCCAGUUCCGCAACCUUCGUUACAAUCCUUAG